GCUGUGUGUAAAUAUGGAGAGGUUAUACCAGCAGCGCCGUAGGAGAAAAGUUAUUUUGGCUGCUCUCCUUGUGAUUAUUGCUUACAUGAAAGACAGUCUACCUGACAGACAAAUUUGGAUUCGGCAUUAUGUUGCUAGAAGAAAAAAAAAGGGUGUCAUCACAAUUUAUUCUUGGAAUUGCAGUUGGAAGAUCCAGAAAAAUUUCGCAGGUGCUUGCGAAUGGAUACCGACAUGUUUAUGAAUCUGCUGGAGAGAGUGACACCGUUGAUUCAGAAACAGAAUACUCUUUUACGAGAAAGUAUUUCUCCAGCUGAGCGCCUUUCUCUAACAUUAAGACACUUGGCAACAGGUUUUUUUUUUUUUUUUUUAAUACAAUUUUGUUUUUCAACUCUGUGUUUAAUUUUUACUAUAUCAGGAAUUAUCAAAGAAACUGUUAAAGCCAUUGUUAAAGUUCUUGCACCAGACCAUAUGCGGUUCCCCAGCAGCGGGGAGGAGUGGAAAGUAGUUGCACAGGAUUUUGAAGACCGAUGGAACUUUCCUCAUUGUAUUGGGGCAAUGGAUGGAAAACAUGUAGCCAUUACUCGCCCAUUGAAGUCAGGAUCCAUGUACUACAAUUAUCAUGAAACGUUUAGCAUUGUUCUGAUGGCUGUUGUGGAUGCACAACUGCGCUUUGUGUAUGUAGAUGUGGGAACCAAUGGUCGUGCCUCAGACAGGGGAAUAUGGAACAGCUUUUCCCUGAAAAGACAUUUAGAAAACAAUACUAUGUCAGUUCCUCAACCAUCAAGGCUGUUUGGGACUGAACAAGAAUUCCCUAUGUAAUUGUGGGUGACGAAGGGUUUACAUUGUCAGAAAAACUCUUAAUUCCAUACCCCAAGGAAUCUGUCUCAAAUAGAAGGGAUAGAAAAAUUUUUAAAUUUACAGGUAUGUCACUUUUCAAAGUUUUCCCUGACAUUCCACCUGAAGUUCUGUGCAAUACUUUUCCUGUUUUUUUUUUUUGUUCUUUUAUAGGUUGAGCAGGGCAAGACGAUGCUCUGAGAACGCAUUUGGGAUAAUGGCUGCAAGAUUUCAAAUUCUUAGGGCUCCAAUGUGUUACGAUCCUGAUGAUGUCUGUCACAUUAUGAAAGCAAUUAUUUGUCUCCACAACUGUCUACGGUCAAACAGUGUUGGUCGUGCCAUGUAUGCGCCUCCCCAUAUGCUGGAUGUUGAAGACGAGAUGGCAGGAACU